ACUCGUAACGGCGAAAACGUUACAUUUUGGUGGCAGCGGUGGGAUAGGAUAAAAUUAAUUUGUGCAGGAAAAUUUGUUAUUCUUAAUUUACACUUGCUAGAUUCUCCCCAGUGAAAUAAAAUGGCAGAAUCCCAUGGUAGUAAUGUGAACCCCAAUGACCAGGGUGGGGGUGAACCAAGCCCUGAUAUGGAAACUAAAAUGAAUUCUAUGCAGUCCCAGAUUUGUGAUAUUUCUACUGUGUUACAGAAACUUACAGAGACUUUAGAUCGUUUGGUUGACAAAGACCAUGACAUGACAGACUGCAGAAGUGAGUACAGUGAUUACAGAACGAUUGACAGAGUGAGUGAGCCUGAUGACCAUAGACAUACUCUGCCCAGUGACGCAAACCAGUCACGUUUUCGUUCGUUCGAUACGCGAACACAGGUACACCCUCAUAAUGUUUUAGAUAGACCAUCGGAUUUUAAUCCGUUCAGACCAAAUUAUGAAAAUCAAAACCAGACUCGACAGACUGUCAGAGCAAAACCCGACACUUAUGACGGCAGAUCUAGUUGGACAGACUUUAUCACUCAGUUUGAAAUUGUAUGUCGGUUAAAUAACUGGUCCAGUGAGAUUAAGGCUCUACAGUUAGCAGCUUGUUUGAGAGGCUCAGCCAGAAGUGUUAUGACUGAUCUUAGACCCCAUCAGCUUGAAGAUUAUUAUGAGUUAAAAUUUGUUCUCCAAACUCGCUUCGAACCAAAGAAUCAAACUGAAAUGUACCGCGCAGAAAUGAAUAGCCGGUAUCGGAAAAGAGACGAAAGCCUCCCUGAAUUAGCCCAAGAUAUAAAACGAUUAGCCAGACUUGCUUAUCCCACAGCCCCGGGUGAAGUUAGGGAUACUUUGGCAUAUAAAUGUUUCCGCGAUGCCUUACAUGACCAAGAUAUGGAAUGGGCAAUUUGUCAGAGCGCGUCCGAAAAUAUUGACGAAGCGUUGAACCUCGCGUUGAAAUUUGAAGAUUUCAAAAUAAGCAGAAAUCGGAAGUACACAAAUACUCCAUAUUUGCGUCACCAGCAAGAGAGUUGUGACUGCAGCUAUCAAAACCUGUUUGUAAUUAGUGAAAAUUCGAAGACCAGUGUCUCGCAAUCAGAUCUCUCAAAUCACCGAAAUGAGACAAAGAAAUGUUUCUAUUGUGGGAAACUGGGUCAUUUUAAAAACAAGUGUAGGAAACGCAAAUUUGAUCUACAGUCGGGAAAAUUAAGCAUUUCCUCCAACAGAAUGAAUAACAGAGUCAGUAUUGAAAUUGACAAAUUAAAGACUCAGAUAUCUGAGAAGGAGCGAGCUCGUAUCCAUGCAGAGGAAAUGCUGCAUGCUGAGUGUAGGCAGACUCAACUGAUUAACCAGGAGUGGGAAAAUCUCAAAGAGGCUCGAGACACGGCCGAGAAAAAGGUCCAACAGCUUCAGGAUCGACUGCGCUUGGAGCAAGAAGCUUGGUUAAAAAGAGAACAGGAACUGUUACAGAAAAUGGCUGAAGUGUCCGAGAGCGACCAGAAAGUUCUGCAUCAAGAGAGGAAGAAGUCGGAAGAAGCUUUAACUCUGUGUAAGGACAUGGAGGAAAAUAUCUACUCCCUCCAGACGGAGAAUAGAAAUUAUCAGAUGGAGCUGAACGCAGCCAUCAGGGAAAAGGAGAGUAUGAAGGUGGAAAUGGGCAUUAUGGAGGCUAAGUUUGAGAGUUCAUGGAGGAAUCUAAAAACUGAGUUACAAUCCAAGAUUGAGAAAAAGCUUGCAGAUCAGAGAGCGGAAAUUCAUAGAAAGACUGAAGAAUCAAAGACUGAACUACUACAGAAUCACAGACAGCAGAUUAAAGAACUAAAUCAGAGGUACACCAGAGACAUGGAGCGAAACAAGGCCAAGUACCACAGCGAUCAGAAGAAUAGGGAAGAGGAGUUCCGAAAGCUUACACUGGAAUACGAGGAAAAAUUGCAAGAGCAGAGGAAUGAAAUUAUAUCUCUUCAUAUUGUCAAUCAGAAACUAGAGUCGCAAAAGUCAGAGAUUCUAAUGAAGCUACAGUACAUGAUGCAGUCUCGGUGGAAUGAAGCCGUUCAGAUGUUGGCCACUUCUCCUCAGAGAAGGGCAUAUGCUAGUACACCCAUACAAGAAGAUACCAGCACAAGCUCAAGGGAUUCACCAGCCGUCAGUGAGAAGAGGGUAGGUGAAACUUCUCAAAUCUCGGAAUCGCAGUUCAAUGGAUUUAGGAAUUCCUCAGAAGUAUUCCACUGUUGGGAACAAGACGGAGCAUUACAUGAAAUUGUAUAUCACAUUGUUUUUGUGUGUUAUUGAACUGUUGUUGAACAGUUGGUUAGUGGAUUCAUGGUAACAUAAAUUGUUUGUAUUUGUAAAUGUUAUGAAGAUUGUAUUUGUUGAUGAAUUUAUUACAUGUGCAAAAUCAUUUUUAUCCCCAAGAUUCGAGGACGAAUCUUUUGUAGUGAGGGGGUGAUGUAACGAUUUUGACUGUGUAUAUAUUUGAAAUGUGUGUAUAUCUAUUUGUGGUUGUAAUUUAAUCCGACCGGAAGACUCGUUCAUCAUUAUUGUAUGUUUAUAUUACAUUUAAACAUGUUGUACAUCAUUGUUUUUACCUUAUUUAUAAGUCAUUCUGUCAUUUCACAUGUUUACUUUCGUUUUCCAUUACUUCCGGUCGCGGGAAAUUAUGUACAAGUCUUACCUAGAAUGUGUCGCGAAUUCGCGGUUUAUAACGUCACGUUGGGUCGUGCGACGUCACUUUGUGUUAACGUUUUGUUUUAGAAGUGAGUUGGGAUUUUUAGAUGUUAGUAGACGGACGUAAAAAUAUUUUAAGAGUUAUUUUGGAAGUGUCAGCCCUUGUGGAUUUAUAUGACCUGAUUAUAGUCGCUACCAGACUAAUAUUGUGAAAUGUCCAGGUAAUUUAAUUGGAAUUUGUGAUAAUUUAUUUAUUUAUAUUUAGGAAAUUUCGUAGUAGAAAUUUACUUUAAUUUUAUCUGAAAUUUGGGGAAUUAUUUGAAUCUAGCAAGUGACGUUGUA